AUGUCGUCUCAGCUUCGCACCGCACCAGUCGCUCCAGGAAUCGCAUUCAUCACAGGCGGAGCCAGAGGACUAGGCAAUGCCAUCGGCGUCGCAUUCGCGAAAGAAGGAUCCAAAGGCGUGGCACUCGUCGACAUCUUCGCAGAAGGCAGCGAAACAUUCAAGAAAGGCAAGGAAGCUGUCGAGGCAUUCGGUACCAAAUGCAUCAUCAUUCGCGCCGACGUGACCAAGGAAGAAGACGUAGAACGAGCCAUCGCCAAAACAGUCGAAGAGUUCGGCCGCAUCGAUUAUGCGGCAAACUUCGCCGGAGUCGUUGGCCCGCUAGCCAUGUCCUGGGAUAUUGCGCUUGAAGAUUAUAAGAAGGUCAUCGAUGUGAAUCUUACUGGCGUAUGGGUAUGCGUGAAGCAUGAGCUGAAGCAAAUGCUAAAGCAAAGCUCGAUUGAGGGCGUUGAAGAAGGCCGAGUGCCGCAGUUAGGCUCCAUCGUCAAUGCGGCCUCUGUCAAUUCGAUCCAGGCAGGUGCUGGUACCAGUGGCUACACGAGUGCGAAGCACGGCGUGGUCGGCAUCACCAAAGCUGCUGCACUUGAAGGUCGAGGCCAUGGAAUCCGUGUCAACGCAGUCUCCCCGGGAUUCUUGACGACGGAUCUGUUGAAGUCGAACUUCGAGGACGGCUCUCUACCUCCAGAGGCUUGGAAGGUCUAUGAAGCACGUCAAGGGCGCAUAGCCAGUUUCAGCGAAGUCGGGGACGCAGUUGUGUUAUUAAGCACUCCACGGAUGAGCUUGGUGAAUGGUGUGAAUCUACCAAUCGAUGGUGGCUUCACCAUCAACGAGAACACGCUGUAA